CAUAGACAUCGAGGAGCCCUCAAGAUGCCCAACGCCACCAUCUCCCUCUGGUGAAGGCAAUGAGCCCGCUAGCUUCGGAGGGCAGCUGGAGUUCUAGAACCUGGUCAUGUCAAGGGUCUCAUUAUGGGAGGGGGUUCUGGAACCCCUGGACCAAUCACACCCUUUUUUCCAAGAGGAGGGUUAAGUGGAAGGCCUGGCAGCUCUUCCCGCUGCCUCCCCCACUUUGAAAGAAUGGAUGAUGCCUCUGCUUCGGCAGGGUACUCCUAUCGCCACAUGGAGCGGAAGAUGAGUGCGAUGGCCUGUACGGUCUUCAACGAACUUCGGCUGGAAGGGAAGCUGUGUGACGUCAUCAUCAAAGUCAACGGGUGUGAAUUCAAUGCUCAUAAGAACAUUCUCUGUAGCUGCAGCUCUUAUUUUCGAGCUCUGUUUACCAGUAGUUGGAACAACUCCGAAAAAAAGAUAUAUAAUAUUCCUGGUAUUACCCCAGAUAUGAUGAAGCUCAUUAUUGAAUAUGCCUACACAAGGACAGUGCCCAUUACAGUGGACAAUGUAGAGAGGCUCCUGGUGGCCGCCGAUCAGUUUAACGUGAUGGGUAUCGUCCGGGCCUGCUCCGACUUUAUGAAGUCUCAGCUCUGUUUGGAGAAUUGCAUCGGCAUCUGCAAAUUCACCGAGUAUUACUACUGCCCGGAGCUACGUCAGGCCGCCUACAUGUUCAUCCUGCACAACUUUGAGGAAAUGGUAAAAGCGUCUACUGAAUUCCUGGAGCUCUCGGUCAAUGAGUUUAAGGACAUCAUUGAAAAGGACGAACUCAACGUGAAGCAGGAAGACGCUGUCUUCGAAGCCAUUCUCAAGUGGAUCGCCCACGAACCCCCCAACCGGAAACAGCACAUGGCAGUCCUGCUACCAAAGGUCCGCCUGGCCUUGAUGCACGCGGAGUAUUUCAUGAACAACGUCAAAAUGCACGAUUACGUGAAGGACAGCGAGGAGUGCAAGCCCAUCGUGAUCGAUGCCCUCAAAGCCAUGUACGACCUGAACAUGAACGGCCCUUCGAGUUCCGACUUCACCAAUCCGCUGACGAGACCCCGGCUCCCUUACGCCAUCCUAUUCGCCAUUGGCGGCUGGAGCGGAGGGAGCCCAACCAAUGCGAUUGAGACGUACGACGCCCGGGCGGAUCGUUGGGUGAACGUGACUUGCCAGCAGGAGAGUCCCCGGGCAUAUCACGGCGCUGCCUACCUGAAGGGCUACGUCUACAUCAUUGGCGGCUUUGACAGCGUGGACUAUUUCAACAGCGUCAAGCGGUUUGAGCCCAUCAAAAAGACCUGGCACCAGGUGGCCCCGAUGCACUCCAGGCGCUGCUACGUUAGCGUCACUGUCCUUGAUAACUUCAUCUAUGCCAUGGGUGGCUUUGACGGCUACGUGCGCCUCAACACGGCAGAGAGGUACGAGCCCGAGACCAACCAGUGGACAUUAAUCGCUCCCAUGCACGAGCAGAGGAGCGACGCGAGUGCCACGACACUCUACGGAAAGGUUUACAUUUGCGGUGGUUUCAAUGGCAACGAGUGUCUCUUCACGGCGGAGGUCUACGAUGCCAAGGUGGAUCAGUGGAGCUUGAUUGCUCCCAUGCGAAGCAGGCGCAGCGGGAUCGGCGUGAUUGCGUACGGAGAACACGUCUACGCGGUAGGCGGUUUUGACGGCGCCAACCGCCUGCGGAGCGCCGAGGCGUACAACCCGAUUGCCAACACCUGGCGCACGAUCCCGACCAUGUUCAACCCUCGGAGCAACUUCGGCAUCGAAGUGGUGGACGACCUGCUCUUUGUGGUGGGCGGUUUCAACGGCUUCACCACCACCUUCAACGUCGAGUGUUACGACGAGAAGACGGACGAGUGGUAUGAUGCCCAUGACAUGAGCAUCUACCGCAGUGCGCUGAGCUGCUGCGUGGUCCCGGGACUGCCUAAUGUCGGGGAGUACGCUGCCAGGCGGGACAACUAUGUGGGGUCAUCCCAGAGAGACGAGGUCAAAUAUUCGUCCUCCACUAGCACACUCCCAGUGUGAAAAAAAAAAAUCACUCCUUGACUAAUAAAGCCCUCUAAGCAAGAACUAGAUGCACAAGUAAA